ACUGUCAUCGACACGUCAAAGAGGUUUCAAAAGUGCUCCUGGUGGGCCCGUUAUUGCAUUUGAAAAUAUCACAUCCUGGCUCUGAACAGCCAUGAAGUUUCUACGAGAAGUUGUAGAGGUUUCGAAUGAGAAUGAUUCAGUCGACGCAAAGAAAAAUAUCGCGAAAAUACUAACGGAAAUAAAGCGCUAUCAAAGCAAGACCCGGAGUUUCAUCGACGCAAACUAUGUGGACUUCUUGCCGAACUUGAGCACAAACGAAUUGUACUUAGAAGAUGGCGAAAAACUUGUUAGGGAGGUUGAAAACUUGAUGGAAAUUGUUGAGAAUGAUACAAAGAACGACUUGAACAUUGCCGUCGAUGAGCUGCAGCAAUACGUGGAAGAGCUGAGGGAAGCGGCGCUGGGUUUAAGAGUCUCCUACAAGAUAUUGAAAAUUGAUGAAUUGUUCCAGAGCUUAGAGUCGGCCAAGAGCAAUAACGAAUAUCUUGAAGCCAUGAACAUCGCGGACAAAAUCAAGAGCUUGAUCACGGAUGUAUCGGACAAAAUAUUCACGGGGUUGGACUGCUAUCAAAAUGUUAAAAUCAAAUACCAAGUGGAAUCAGAGAUGUUGAUGCACAAGCUGCGUUUGUGCUUCGAAGAGUUAGUUCAAAUGUCGGAGAAAUCGUUCCAGAAUACAAAAGCUGUUAACGUGAAAAUAUCGAAGAAUAGUAGUCACCUGCAUCAAACCAUCGUGGCGCUGUUCAACGCAAAAUAUAACCCGAAACAGUUGUGCGAUUUUCUGCUUGAGAAUGUUUUCCAACCGAUCAUCACUAAGCCAGUUUCCGUUGAGCUGAAAGACGACGAUGAGGACUUUGUUCAGCUUAAUCUGUCCUACAGUAUCAAGGACCUCGCUGAAGAUCUCCGGCCAAAUUAUAAAACCGUUUUCAAAAGCAUCAAAACAGUCAUGACCUGCUUAUCUUAUAUAAAUGUUCAGAUCUCCGAUACUCUGUGUGUCUUUAACAUUUUCGGGGAAAAGUUGAAGGAGCAAUUUUUAAAUUUGCUAAUAGGCGAGUGCCUAUUGUAUGCAAUUCCCGACACUAUGGACGAAAUGAACGAUUCAACGUUGGUAGAGGACAUCAUUGAUUUCAAUGAGUAUUUGGUGAGAUUGCCAUUCUUGAAAGUGGACCAGGAUCGCGAUUUGAUCAAAUACGCCGAGAAAAUUGGGUUGCUGUUUCAGAAUCGUUUCUGCACGAACAUUCUGGACAAUGCGAUCGAUAUUAUGCAUAAAGACCUUCAUGAUAUGAUUCUAGUGGCUGAGAGUAAUACGUCGACCGAGACAGCAAAAAAUCCUUCACUAUUUCCAAGGUGUAUGAUCUCGAAGAGUACUUUGGAAAUCAUUAAUUUGAUGGAGAAAGUGAUUCGACAAACUUCCACAGUCGAUGAUGAAAUUUCACAACGCCUGCUUUCAACGAUUCCCAUAAUCCUGAAUCGAUACCUAACCGAAGUGCCGAUGUAUCAUGAGAAACUUCUACACAAUAUUCCCCAGCAAACGGCUUUGUUUCACAAUAACUGCAUGUACUUAGCGUAUUGGCUCACAAAGUAUGCAUCAAAAGGGAUCGAUCCGUCUGAAAAUACAACGAAAAAUCUGCAGAAUAUGGGAACGGAAUACUUCGUGAAUCAGUUCAAAAAUCAGCGGACACAACUCAUGGAAAUUUUGCAAGGAUUCGAUUUAUCCGAUGGAGUUUCUGAACUAGGAAUUGGACCACAAAAAGCGAUACGCCAAUGUUUACGUCAGCUGGAUUUGUUGAAAAACGUUUGGCAAACAAUUUUACCAAAUGCGGUCUAUACGAAAACAAUGAGCAACCUUUUAAAUGAUUUAUGCUCAGAAAUAAUACGACGAAUACUUUCAAUGGAGGAUAUAUCGUCAGCUAUAGCUAAUGAGCUCGUCGAGAUCUGCUCUAUUAUGAUUGAGCGCGCACCGACGAUAUUCAAGGACCCUUUGCAAAUAAAUGUCAACGUAAAAACCUGGACAAAACUUACACAAUUGAAAAUGGUUCUAGGAGCUUCCCUGGCGGAAAUAACAGAUCAGUGGUCGGAAGGGAAGGGUCCGCUAACAUUAAACUUUAAGGCUGAAGAAAUAAAACAUUUAAUACGCGCUCUUUUCCAAAACACUGAUCGGCGAGCGAAAGCCUUAGCUUCUAUCAUUUAAGAAAUUCUGUUUUAUCUAAUGUAUCGUUUUGUUAAAGUAAAACUAUCAAUCUAUGAAUAAAUACUUUCUGAACAAAAAAA